GCUGCCCCGGGAGAAGGAUGGCCGCGGCGGCGGGGCAGCGCCGGGGAACAGCCGCACCCCUAUUCGCCCUCGCCCUGGGGCUCCUCGCCGCCGCAGCGCAGGUUUGUGGAGACCAAAGCCAAGGAGCAGUUUUCCUACGUGAAUUUACACUGAUUCGAAGAGAAAGUCUACAUGAUGAUUUCCUGUCUGAUUUGCUGAAUAACCACAGAACUGAAGAUCCGAGCUCCAGAACAGCUCGCUCAGAGGAAGAUCGAGACUCACUGUGGGAUGCCUGGGGUUCAUGGAGUGAAUGUUCACGCACGUGUGGAGGAGGGGCUUCAUAUUCACUGAGACGUUGCCUGAGCAGCAAGACCUGUGAAGGGCGAAACAUCCGAUACAGGACAUGCAGCAAUGUGGACUGUCCUCCAGAAGCAGGUGAUUUUCGUGCUCAGCAGUGCUCAGCUCAUAACGAUGUCAAGUAUCAGGGGCAGUUUUAUGAGUGGCUUCCUGUCUCUAACGAUCCUGACAACCCAUGCUCGCUGAAGUGCCAGGCCAGAGGAGCAGCUUUGGUUGUAGAACUGGCACCAAAGGUUCUGGAUGGGACCCGAUGCUACACUGAAUCCCUGGAUAUGUGCAUCAGCGGCUUGUGCCAAAUUGUUGGCUGUGACCGCCAGCUGGGAAGCACUGUCAAGGAAGAUAACUGUGGGGUCUGCAAUGGUGAUGGGUCCACCUGCCGGCUGGUUCGAGGCCAGUAUAAGUCCCAGCUCUCAGCAAAUAAAAUGGUCGAUACAGUGGUUGCUAUUCCCUAUGGAAGCAGACAUAUUCGCCUCGUGCUGAAAGGACCCGAUCAUUUAUAUUUGGAAACUAAGACUCUCCAUGGUGUUAAGGGUGAAAACAACCUCAGCUCCACAGGUACCUUCAUUGUGGACAAUUCCAGCAUUGACUUCCAGAAGUUUCCAGACAAAGAGAUACUGAAAAUAUCUGGGCCUCUCACUGCAGACUUCACUAUCAAGAUUGCCUAUGUUGGUGCUGCUGACAGUUCGGUCCAGUUUAUCUUCUAUCAGCCUAUUAUUCAUCGAUGGAGAGAAACUGAUUUUUUCCCUUGUUCAGCAUCCUGUGGAGGAGGUUAUCAACUGACUUCUGCUGAAUGUUUUGAUCUGAGGAGCAAUCGGGUAGUAGCAGAUCAAUACUGUCACUAUUACCCUGAAAAUAUCAAGCCAAAGCCAAAACUUCAGGAGUGUAAUCUGGAUCCUUGUCCUGCAAGUGAUGGAUACAAGCAGAUCAUGCCCUAUGACCUCUACCAUCCCCUUCCACGAUGGGAAAGUACACCCUGGACUGCCUGCUCCUCAUCCUGCGGAGGGGGCAUUCAAAGCCGCAGUGUCUCAUGUGUGGAGGAAGACAUUCAAGGGCAUAUUAGUCCCGUGGAAGAAUGGAAAUGCAUGUACACUCCAAAGAUGCCUCUUGUCCAACCUUGCAAUAUAUUUGACUGCCCAAAGUGGCUUGCUCAGGAAUGGUCACCGUGCACUGUGACCUGUGGACAAGGGCUCAGAUAUCGUGUGGUCCUUUGUAUUGAUCACAGGGGGAUGCAUACAGGAGGCUGUAGCUCUAAAACAAAGCCACACAUAAAGGAAGAAUGCAUCGUACCCACUCCUUGUUACAAACCCAAAGAGAAACUUCCCGUGGAAGCAAAGUUGCCGUGGUACAAACAAGCUCAAGAGCUGGAAGAAGGAGCAGUGGUGUCUGAAGAACCUUCGUUUAUUCCUGAGGCUUGGUCCUCCUGUAGUGUCACCUGUGGAGUGGGCAGCCAGGUGCGGCUUGUGAAAUGUCAAGUGCUUCUGUCUUUCUCUCAGUCUGUGGCUGACUUGCCCAUUGAUGAAUGUGAAGGUCCCAAACCUGUGUCUCAGAGAGCCUGUUACAGUGGUCCCUGCAAUGGUGAAGCAGCUGAAUAUACCCCUGAAGAAACAGAUCAGCUGUAUGGUAGAUUGCAGGAAUUCGAUGAGCUCUAUGACUGGGAAUAUGAGGGCUUCACUGAGUGUUCAGAGUCUUGUGGAGGAGGUGUCCAGGAGGCUGUGGUGACCUGCCUGAACAAGCAAACCAGGGAGACUGCAGAUGAGACUCAGUGUGUAAUAAGCCGCCGUCCUCCACAGCUGCUGAAAGCCUGUAGUCUGGACCCCUGCCCUCCAAGAUGGGAAAUUGGGAAAUGGAACACCUGCAGUCUUACAUGUGGGGUCGGAUUGCAGACACGAGAUGUCUUCUGUUCUCACCUACUAUCAAGAGAAAGUAACGAGACUGUGAUUUUAGCAGAUGAAUUGUGCCAUAAACCUAAGCCAUCGCUUGUACAAGCCUGUAAUCGCUUUGACUGCCCGCCCUCCUGGUAUACUACAGAAUGGCAAGAGUGUUCGCAGACAUGUGGAGGCGGUGUCCAGAAGCGAGAUAUACUUUGCAAGCAGCGUCUGGCAGAUGGAAGCUUGUUAGAGCUGCCAGAAACCUUCUGCUCCAUGCCGAAGCUGGUUUCCCAGCAAACCUGCAAAAAUGAGGACUGUCCUAAUGAGUGGCUUCUUUCUGACUGGUCACAGUGUUCAGUGAGUUGUGGAGAGGGAACCCAGAGUCGAAAUGCUAUUUGCAGAAAGAUGCUGAAAACUGGGGGUUCUAUCAUCAUCAAUUCCUCCCUUUGCCCACCUCUGCCAUUCUCAUCCUUGAUCAGGCCCUGUGCACUAGCAACCUGUGCAAGGCACAACAGGCCAGCUCAUAAGCAAAGUCCUCAUAUUGUGGCUGUAAAGAAAGUUUACAUCCAGACAAGGAAGCAGAAGAAGCUACACUUUAUUGUGGGUGGGUAUGCCUACCUGUUGCCCAAAACCUCCGUUAUUCUCCGAUGCCCCACAAGGAGGUUCCGGAAGUCAAUGAUCUUCUGGGAGAAGGAUAAUAAGAGACUCAUCAGCACAGCUCACAUCACCAUUGCACCCUAUGGGUACAUGAAAAUCCAUCGUUUGAAGCCUUCAGACACUGGGAUAUAUACCUGUAUAGCAGGGCCAGCCCGGGAGCAUUUUGUAAUUAAACUAAUAGGAAGCAACAAAAAUCUCAUUGCUGGGCAGCCAGCUGGCAUUAGGGAGGAAGAGACCAUGAGAAAGGCCAGUCUAAAUGAAGCCUUGCGAACACAGGAGAAACAUAUCAAUGGUAUUCUCUUCAAUGGGAGCAAGACUGAAAAGCGAGGGCAUCCUGCUGACCCUAGUGGCUGGUAUGACAAUAUUGUCUCAAGGUUGCUACAGCACAAGAGCUGGCCAGGGGGAAAUCUGGAAUUCUGGGAAGCCCAGGAGUCCACAGAGAGAAAUGUGUCCUCAGAGGAAGACCAGAGCCAGGAGUAUAGCCUGCCAUAUACUAUGGUCACAGAGCAGAAAUGGUUGGAUGAUAUCAUAAGGAAUUUGUCUCAGCAGCCUGAGGAGCUUAAAGAUAUUUACACUGAGCAGCUUGUUGUACAGCUGGCCCAUGAGAUUUUCAAGAGCCACUUGGAGCAUCAGGAAUCUGUCCUCAAAGCAUCAAGACGAAGAGUUGAUUCAGCUUCCAUGGAAUACCCUUUCCACAGACACGUUUCUGGAUUUACCAGCUCCCUGAGGACAUCAUCUGCUGAAGCAUUUCUUCCCACAUCUAUGAACCCAACAAAUGGCUUGCACAGCCCUCAUCAAAAGCCUGCCAUUCUCCGAAAGAUUUCAGCAGCACAACAGCUUUCUGCUUCAGAGGUUGUCACCCACCUGGGACAGACAGUGGUUCUAGCCAGUGGCACACUGAGUGUGCUGCUUCACUGCGAAGCAGUGGGAAACCCAAAGCCCACCAUCAGCUGGGCUAAGAAUGGAGAGGAGGUGAAAUACAAUGAUAGGAUGCUGCUUCAGCCUGAUGACUCCUUGCAGAUUCUAGCACCUGUGGAAGCUGAUGUUGGUUUCUAUGCUUGCAACGCAUCUAAUGCUCUGGGAUCUGACUCUGUGUCCAUUGCUGUCACUCUAGCAGGAAAGCCACUAAUAAAGGCAUCAAGAACUACUGUGAUCAACACUGAAUUACCUGCUGUCACUGCUGAUAUUGGAAGCACAGUGAAAACAAUUCAGAGAACAAAUGUUACCAUUAGCUGCCAGGUUGCAGGUGUUCCUGAAGCGGAAGUUACUUGGUUUAAAAAUAAGGUCAAGCUGUCCCCUGCUCACCACCUGCGCGAUGGGUUGCUGCUAAUUGCAAAUGUUUCUCUGUCAGAUCAGGGGUUAUAUUCCUGCAGGGCAGCCAAUCUACGUGGGGAGGUAACUGAAAGCUCCCAGCUGUUGGUUCUUGAGCCUCCACGACCCCUUCCUUACCUAGAAAAUUUGACAGCAGUGCUUUCCAGCAUUGGGACCAGCCUUCCUUCAGUGUUGACCUCUCCUUCAGGAACAAAAAUGACUAUCAGUCCAGGGAGCUCUGCUCUAAUAGGUUGUGCUGUGGAUGGCCAUCCAACUCCAAAUAUCACCUGGCUUUACUCUGGAAAGCCUCUCACUCUGAGGCAUCGCUUGCUAGCGGCAGGACACAUUCUUCAGAUACUCAACAUCAGUGAUGCUCCUGAAGGAGAAUUCAGCUGCCUUGCUCAGAAUGAGGCUGGUUCACUCUUACAAAAAACUUCCCUGGCAAUACAAGACUACCAGUGGUCAGUGGACAAGCUGAUGUCUUGUUCUGCUUCCUGUGGCCACAAAGGAAUACAGGUGCCCCAACUGAGGUGCUUACUGGAUGGGACUGAAGUCAAUAUAUCCAACUGCAAAAAGAAGCCCAAGCCAACCCUGCUGCCCAUCGCAUGCAAUAGGAGAGACUGCCCUUCACGGUGGAUGGUAACAUCGUGGUCUCCAUGCACACGGAGCUGCGGUGGAGGAAUCCAAAUGCGACGAGUGACAUGCCAACGACUGACAGCAAAAGGCAACUCUGUCCCAAUGUCAAAUGAAGCCUGUGCUCAAGCGUCCAAGCGCCCGGUGGACACACAGAACUGUAACAGGCAGCCUUGUGUUGAGUGGGUGGCCUCCUCCUGGGGCCAGUGUAAUGGGCCUUGCAUUGGGCCACGACUCGCUGUACAACACAGACAGAUAUUUUGCCAGACAAAAGAUGGGACUUCUGUGUCAUCUGAUCAGUGCAGUGCCUUACCGAGGCCUUUGAGCACUCAGAACUGCUGGACUGACAUCUGUGGCGUGCAUUGGAGGGUCAGCUUGUGGACAGUGUGUACAGCUACCUGUGGAAACUAUGGCUUCCAGUCCCGGCGUGUGGACUGUGUGCACAUCCGCACCAACAAACCCGUGCUCGAGCACUACUGCUCCUGGAGACCACGGCCAGUCAACUGGCAGCGCUGCAACAUCACGCCCUGUGAGAACAUGGAGUGCAGAGACACCACAAGGUACUGUGAGAAAGUGAAGCAGCUCAAACUCUGCCAGCUCACCCAGUUCAAAUCACGCUGCUGUGGGACUUGUGGAAAAGCUUGAAGGCGAAUGCGAUGAAAAUGGAGGAACAAGGGGAUCUCAGCUUUUGCUUCACUGAGGCAAAGACUUCUGCAGAAAAUAGAAACAGAAUGGAAUUCUUUUUUUUUUUUUUUUUUUUUCUCCAUUUUAUUUAUUUAUUUCCCUUUAAAAAGGAAAAAAGAGAAGAAAAAAUGGAAAAAGAAAAUCCUUUACCAAAUUGUUGUUGUAAAGGGACAUGACAAAUUUUCCCUUUUAGAUAUCUGGGAGACAGAAUGCAGCAAAACAUGGUCAUGGAGGGUAAAUCACAAAGAUUCAAUGAAUCCCAAGCCACUGGGCCUGAGAGGAGUGGGGUUGCCCCAUAGUCCAUGUAUACACUUGGGAAUACACCAUCAGAUAAAUGGAGAAGUGGAUCAAAAUCAAAAUACAGCAUCACAUUCAACCACCAAAUCAAACAAAUCAAACAGUCUGAUACAUGGUGGGGCAAACAAAACAAAGACUAGACAUUCAUCAGUGGAGUAUACAGACCCUACGUUUGUCUUAGACUAAUUUGGGUAUAUAAGCAUAUGAUACUGCUUUAUAAAUCUAUCAGUUACACCCAACAUUGGAUUUCUUUUUUCCUUUCCAUGUCCUUCUCAUCACAGGCCUUCAAAUGAUCAGUGGGAGAUCUUGUUAAUCUUUGAGAAUCAAGUCUGGUGUCUGAGAAAGUUGAGCAAUGUUUUGUAAUGUGAGUGAGUCUAGAAGAGAUCUGAAAAUGUUCACAAGUUGCAUUUGUGUGAGAGGGUUGGAGAAAAGAGUGUUGCCUUCAGCAUAAAGGUGAUGAUGUCAGAUAUUAUCUAGGAGAAGGAAAGAAAGUAUGAUCUGCUACAGGCAGGCUGUAACACAAAACUGCAAAUGCUGUCUUGUACAGAACACAGGCAGGUAAGAUGUGGAAACGAGAGCUGCUUCGCAUCCUAAUUCCUACUAAUGCUUACUAGGAAUAGGUAGGAGUACCAGUACCCAGAGUUAAGGAACUUUCACAGGUGGCAUUUUGAUAAGAAAUUUGAGGAACUGGGUUUUUCUUUUCUGCUAACAUGGAUAUUUUCUGUCCUGAUGGCCAAUCCUUUCAGAAAAGUAGUAGAUAUUUUCUGAAAUUGCUGGCUGUUCCUACUCAGUAAGACCAGAAUAGAUUCAGCAUCAGCCCCAGAGGACUAACACUAAGAGAAUUUUAAAAAUUUGCUCCUCUAUGGCUGUUACACAACAAAAUGAAUGCUGUAAAGCUGCACAUUUAUAACCCAGGUACUAGACUCUAAAGAGAUUUUCUAAAAAGUGAGCCUCAAACAUCACAUAUUGCAUGCUGUCUAUGAACCUUUCUCCAUGGUCAGUUGCAGUGGUUAUUCAUCCAGUGAAGUGCUUCAUCCUUUUAGUUCCUGGACAAUCCUUUCUCUACUCUGAAUAGAGCCUUAAAAUUAGAAGAGAUUUGCAAAGGAGGAAGUUUGAGCAUCAUAAAAAAUCUAAAGGAGAUCUGUCUGGAUGUGAGGUCUUGGUUCAAGACCAUUUCUAAAUUAAAGGCUUGGUUGUGCCUCAUCCCCCGUGGGGCUCAGGCCUUGUGGUGCAUUAUUGAAAUGCUGUUCAAGUGCUGCUGUGUUACAGCUUCCAUGAUGUGGCUUUUUCAGCAAAACUGGAGUUCUCAGGUCAGUGUCAUGUUCAAGACACUGACCUGUCUCUGGUUGCUUUGGAACACAUAUGUCAGUGGUAGCUCUCACUACAAAUGGGUCUUCAAGAAAUAGUGUUGCUAAGCUUCAGUGUAACUUUUUAUUUAAAAAAAGAAGAAUGUCUUUCUAUGUAUGUAAAUGUAUAUCUUUUCUGUAUAUUUAUUAGGAUUUCUUGUAUAAAAAGUGCAAUAUUAAUAAUUGUACAUUAUUUUGUCCAGAUAAAACUAUUUGUUUGGGUUUUUUUUUAAAUCUCCCCAGAAUUUUGUUCCUCUAAAAUCUAUGGUAGUAGAGAAAUUCUCACUUGCUUUUAAUUGAGGAUCUGCUUCACUGUGCACAGAGUGCUUUCUAAAAUAUGACAUGAGGAAAGGAUGAUAUUUUUAAAGGAUAAAAAAAAGGAUUAAAGGAUGAUAGUUAUGCAUGGAAUGAAGGACAUUUCCUUAAUACUAAUAGUAACAAUAAUAACAAGAAGAACAAUAAGAAUGUGGUGAAUAUUUCUAAUACAGUAGUUAACAAAAAGCAGCACAGGGAAGUACUGACAUUUGUUUGAUUGCAAAGCAUAUUUAUAUUCAUGUUGAAUGGCAGCUGUGUAACUGUGCCCAGGAUAAACAAGGUGAUUGGAUCCGGAAGAGCAGUUGUGUCAUCUCUGCACAGUGUGAAUUUGAUUUCAUAUAUUUGUUCUGUGAAUUGUGACUUGGCAGCAUCUCAAUAAUAUAAGAUUUCUGGAUUAUUUUACAAAAGGAAUUUUUCUUUCUCUAACAAGAAGGCAAACCAGCAAAUUUGUAUUUAUAUAAUUUUUGUACAGG